AUGGACACUUCAGCAGAGGAGAAUAAAGCUGAACGAGGACGAGCACCACACAUUGCUCAAUUGUCAACAGCAUCAGACAGCAAAGUAGCAACUGAAGAUGAGAUCCAGGAACUGGAACAUGUUGCAGCCAAACUGCCAGCACAGGUUUGGCUUGCCGCAACAAUUGGAAUGGCGGAGCGGUUUGCGUACUAUGGCACACAGACUCUCUUCCAGAACUAUCUCCAGAACAGUCCAGACGAUCUCAUACCGGGCGCAAUGGGAUUAGGAAAGUCUCGUGCUACCACAGUCAAUUUGGCUUUUACUGUUGCAGUGAAUCUGUUGCCAUUGCCAGCAUCAGUCCUGGUUGAUGGAUGCCUAGGGAGAUAUAAGGCUUUACAGAUCUUCACCGGAAUCUACGCUCUAGGAUCUGCAAUUCUGUUUGGCACCUCAUUUCCCUCGGAGAUGAGGAGUGGUGUUGCUCUUGGAGGGUUCAUUUUAGGAAGUGUUCUAAUUGCAGUGGGACUUGGGGGUGUUCAAGCUUCAGUGCAGCCUUUUAUCGCGGACCAAUAUACAGAGCAAACCAUGCGGAUAAGGAUUACGAAGAAUGGCAAGCAAGUGGUAGAAAGUCGCGAAGUGACUAUCCAGUAUAUUUACAAUGUGUACUAUUGGAUGGUGAAUGUUGGUUCACUGGGAAGCAUUGCUACUACAUUGAUGGAGAGGUAUAUUAGCUUCUGGUCUGCAUAUCUGCUGGAUCUGUGUGCUGUGAUACUUGCGGUCGUGGUUGUCCAUCUGGCGAAACCAAAGUUUGUCCAUCCUGUUCCACAAGGGUCUGUCCUUCCCCAUGCCGCUCGCUGCCUAUGGUAUGCUGCUCAGGGUGGUUUCAGCCUAGACACUGCACAGCCAGAGUACCAGUUAGAGAACCACCAGCAAGUGGUACCAUGGGAUAAGGAAUUCAUUUCUGAGCUUCGGGGUGCUCUAUCUGCAUUCAAAAUGGUACUUCCCCUCCCCCCCUCCCAUUACAGCAUUGGAUGGCCCAUUUUCUGGGUAUGCAUGGGACAGGGUGCUCAAGUCUCAAUCUCACAAGCCGGACAGAUGGAAACCCAUGGGAUUCCUAAUGACCUGAUCAAGUCAUCGAAUCCAGUCGCCUACAUGAUCAUUGUGGCCAUGGCAUACUCCGCAGUCAUGCAGGCAACCAUCUAUCACUCUGGGCCAUGUUACUCCCACCCACUGUCAUGCCCUGCGUCUUCUGGGGGCCGCACCCCCAACCAUGUGCAUGUCCUGCUUCAGCUGCCAACAUUUAUAAUCAUUACCCUGGCCAAAGUGUUUUGCUGGCUGACUGGAUCAGAGUACACAUAUUCACAUACCCCAAAGAGUAUGAAGUCAGCCCUGCAGGCAUGCUACAUCAGUACCGCCGGCGUCGGGUAUCUGUUGGGAAUGGCUUUGUCGCCUCUAGCUAAGGAUCCUUUACUUGUGGUGCUCUGGUCCGUGACAGCUGCAAUGAUGUUUGUGACGGCCUGCGCUGUUCGGGUCGCAUUCAGGAACUUUUAG